ACAGCUUCGCCUCCAUAUUUACAUUAUUUAUUAGUGGAUCCCAUGAAAACUACAAGUGUCGAGUAAUGACCCACCAUUUAUGACAGAUUGGUCAAACCAGACGCGUCUCAGAGUGAAAAAAACAAUACACCCAUAAAUCUCAGUCCGAAUUUGGUUGUCACUGAUUUGCUCAUUUAUUUAUUUACUUUCACAUGAACGACGGGAAAAAAUAAUUGUAUACAAAUAUAUGUAAACACAAAUCUGUGUUGGGUACACGCAUAAAGAACCAGGCGAGAAGAUGACGAGUAAGUUUUGCAUUCGCGUCAAUCAAGCAUGACAUUUGUAAUUAUGUAUAUGUACGUGUCCAUCAUGUUACUUUUGUCGUCUAAAAUUAAAAGUGACAAAUUUAUGCCAUUGUCAUGGUUGCAGUUUAUUUUAAUAUUUUUGUGUGUUAGUCGUUCCUCAUCGUUCGACAUGACGCCAAGUGUGGGGACGGUUCGGCUGAGAGGGGAAUUAUUUCUGAAUUUAUUGGGUAAAAAUAUCCCACUAUUUUUUAUUGUGGGGGUUCAGUUCGUGGUGAAAUUUAGUUGGGUGGAAGGUCAGACGUUUGAGCGAAACUGUGGGGCACCGGUGCUGGGCCUUCCGGGGGACCAAUUUUGCGGAUUGCUUUGUGGCGUGGGAACGACGGCAACGUGUCGUGCAGGAGACGGCCUUUGCCAAUGUGACUCUACUUGUGGCGCAGCGCUUCCCACCCCACUUUUUGAACCUACAUUUUGCCCGCCCUCACCAAUCGCGCCGGUCGACAGUGUCCUGACUAGGGCGCAGUGUAACGCGAUGUGUCGCACCGUGUGUAUUGGGGGACUUGGAGAAGCUUGCGAAUUACCCGCAGCCAUCGCGCCACCCGACUUGUACGUUUCUGUUUGCGCUUGCUAUUGCCCAAAUUGUGAUGUUACAACGGUAGCGACUCCUACCUCCUCAACGGUGUCAUUAGCUCUAGUACCGAAUCCUGUGGGACCCUUUAAAGUGAAGAAAUUGAUAAAAUUAGGAUUACUUCUUUUCUUUCGGAAACUUGUGAAGCUAGUUGCUCUCGAAAUUUUGGCUAUUUCAACAUUUUGUUGGUAUUUUAGUGAUCUCGCGUCCCGUGUGGGGGGAGGAUGGACCAGUUGAGAUGGAAUUAUUGUUACUCUUCGUGUCGUAAAAUAAGUUACAAGGCUGAACAGAUUUUGUAAGCGUCGUGACAUUACGCAUUACAACAUAAUAAGCUACAUAUCCGUAACAAUUUCUAUGAAGCAAGACCACUUGUUUUAUCUGUUAACUAUUUUACGAUGCUAAGGAAUACAAAAUAAUUGUGAGUACCCUUCCUGUAAUUUUGUUUGUCAUAUAAAUAUUUAA